AUGCUCUACCGCUGCUGGCUCUCGAGGAACUAUGGGGUGAUAUGGAGCUACGCUGGACCCGUUGCAUUUGUUCUCACGGUAAACUUCGCCGUGCUCGUGUUCACCAUUCGCACCACGUGCCGCCUCUCGAAGCAGACGACGUCGAGAGCGCGUCUGGAAACCGCCAGACGCUGGAUUAGGACGACAGUGAUAAUGCUACCCCUUCUUGGACUCACCUGGCUGCCCGGAUUCCUGAUUCUCGACAGCAGGCCAGCCUCCUUAGUGGCGACGUACGUGUUUUGCAUCCUGAACACGUCACAGGCGAGUACCGUGAAACGGAAGCUGAGAUAA